AUGCCAUGUUAUGCAGAUACAAUUGUGAGAGUAAAAUAUGUUCGUCAGACGACAAAGGACGAUAGUAAUUUAAUUGUUGUAUGGGCUGUCGGUUUAUAUCCAGUUGGAUGUGAAGAUAGUAAGAUUGAGAUGGUUUUAUUUGUACCAAUUAAUUUUAGUGAUAGAGAUCCUGAGGCUCAAGCUAUUUUUGAGAGGGAUGGUUUUUAUUCUGUUGGUGGUAAGAUUGUAUCUGGAUAUUAUGGAG